AUGUUGUUUGUAAUGGUGUCUAAGUUAGUCGAAUAUGUGUGCAAUGUUAACCACCAGAACAAGGCUGGGUACACCCCCAUCAUGCUCGCUGCCCUAGCUGCCGUGGAAGCAGCCAAGGACAUGAGGGUAGUGGAAGAGCUGUUCGGUUCAGGAGAUGUAAAUGCCAAAGCUAGUCAGGCAGGCCAAACGGCUCUGAUGCUUGCUGUAAGCCACGGACGGAUAGAUAUGGUGAAAGCUCUCCUGGUAUGUGGAGCAGAUGUUAAUACACAGGACGAUGAAGGCUCCACAGCGUUGAUGUGUGCGAGUGAACAUGGGCACGUGGAGAUAGUCAAACUGCUACUGGCUCAACCUGGUUGCAAUGCAGCCUUGGAGGACAAUGAUGGCAGUUCAGCCUUGUCCAUUGCCCUGGAUGCAGGUCAUAAAGAUAUUGCUGUUUUGCUCUAUGCACAUGUCAAUUUCUCUAAAGCACAGUCACCGGGUACACCCCGAUUGAGCAGGAAGUUUCCACCCAGUCCAACACAGAGGAGCCCAUAUGAUAAUUGAUAUUGAAGAGACGUGAAAGAAAAUUUAUUUAUUGAAUUUUUUUGCCUCCAACCAGCUGCUGCUAACUGUUAUUUUUGGUGACAGAUACUGAAUGUACAUAUCUUGUGCUUGAAUGCACCAGCAGGUUAAAGUACUAUAUAAAUACAUAUAUGUAUAUUGAAGACAAAAAAAAACUUCUCAAACUGGAACUAAGCUAUAUCGUCACAACUGUACCUCUUCAUCAGGGCCGUAUGAUGGACAAGCUUUCUUAUGGACACAAGCCUCCCAGGACUUUUUAUCAAACAUGACUUAAAGCUGAGUGUGUUUGUAAG